UUCGAAGUCUCAACCCACAACUCGGAGUCGGACUCCCUUGCUGAACUGAGACAGGCACCUCCGACAGCCGGAGGCGCAGAGGAGAUCGGAUUUUGACGCCGGAGCUAAACAAUUCCUCCCCACGAUGGGCCGCCGAUCAACCGCGUUGGGUCUUCACGGCCGUCUGAAGCUCAUAGCCUUCACUCUGCUACUGUGCAUCGCCGGUUCUGCCGCGGUUCCCUACAGCGCUCGUAAAGCCGGCAGGUCGUCGGUUUUCUCGCUGUUCAACCUCAAAGAGAAGAGCAGAUUUUGGAGCGAGUCUGUAAUCAGGACCGGUGAUUUCGAUGAUUUGGAGUCUUCCAGCCCGGGGAGAAUGGGUGCUCUGAAUUAUUCCAAGGCAGGCAAUAUUGCAAACUAUCUGAAGCUUCUGGAGGUUGAUUCUAUGUACCUUCCUGUUCCAGUGAAUUUUAUUUUCAUAGGAUUUGAUGGGAAAGGAAACCAAGAAUUUAAACUACAUCCUGAGGAACUUGAGCGCUGGUUCACAAAACUUGAUCAUGUCUUUGAACAUACACGAGUUCCACAACUCGGAGAGAUUCUCUCUCCAAUUGACAAGAUCACUGCGGAUAAACUGCAACACCGCCAUCUUCCCCUUAUCAGUCCCAUAAACUACAAUUACUCAGUUCACGCCAUACAAAUGGGAGAAAAGGUGUCUUCUGUUUUUGAGCAUGCUAUAAAUGUUAUGGCUCGCAAAGAUGAUGUGUCCGACAACAGGAGCGAGGAGCUUGUUCUCUGGCAAGUUGAUAUGGACAUGUUUGAAGUUCUUUUCACUAGUCUUGUUGAGUAUCUUCAACUUGAAAAUGCAUAUAACAUUUUCAUUUUGAACCCCAAGCACAAUGACAAGAUGGCUAAAUAUGGCUACAGGAGGGGUUUAUCUCAGUCUGAAAUUGAUUUUCUCAAAGAGAACAAGAGUUUGCAAGAGAAGAUUCUCCAGACUGGAGGGGUGCCUGAAAGUCUUCUUGCUCUUGAUAAGAUUAAGAGGCCAUUAUAUGAAAAGCAUCCCAUGGCAAAAUUUGCUUGGACAGUAACCGAAGACACUGACACGGUGGAAUGGAACAAUCUUUGCCAAGACGCAUUGGAUAAUGUUGAAAAGUACUACAGAGGGAAGGAUGUUGCUGAUAUUAUUCAGAGCAAAGUUUUACAGCAAUUGAAAAAAAAUGAUGAUAUGAAGCUUCUUCUUGGAAAGAAAUUAAAACGUGGAGAUUUGAGUGGUCUUCAUGCGGAAUGUCUUUCCGAUGCAUGGAUUGGGAGGGACAGGUGGGCAUUUAUUGAUUUGACUGCAGGCCCAUUUUCGUGGGGUCCAGCUGUUGGUGGAGAAGGUGUGCGGACUGAUUACAGCUUACCAAAUGUGACCAAAACGAUUGGUGCUGUAACAGAAAUCUCAGAAGAUGAGGCUGAAGAUCGUCUGCAAGAUGCAAUUCAGGAAAAGUUUGCUGUAUUUGGUGAUAAAGAUCAUCAGGCCAUUGAUAUCCUUCUAGCAGAGAUUGACAUAUAUGAACUUUUUGCGUUCAAGCAUUGCAAGGGAAGGAAAGUUAAGCUUGCUCUCUGUGAAGAGCUCGACGAGAGAAUGCGGGACUUGAAAAACGAGCUUCAAUCAUUUGAAGGUGAAGAAUAUGAUGAAAAUCGUAAGAGAAAAGCUGUGGAGGCUUUGAAACGAAUGGAGAGCUGGAAUUUGUUCAGUGAUACUCAAGAGGAGUUCCAGAACUACACUGUUGCACGUGAUAUUUUUCUUGCACACUUGGGUGCAACAUUAUGGGGUUCUAUGAAGCAUAUCAUAUCUCCCUCCAUUGCAGACGGUGCAUUCCAUUACUAUGAAAAGAUAUCUUUUCAGCUGUUUUUCAUCACUCCGGAGAAGGUUAGACAUAUUAAACAAUUGCCGGUCGACCUUAAAGCUGUGAUGGAGGGGCUUUCCUCCUUGCUGUUACCCUCUCAAAAACCCCAGUUUAGUCAACACAUGUUGCCACUUUCAGAGGAUCCUGCCCUGGCGAUGGCCUUCUCGGUGGCACGCAGAGCAUCGGCUGUCCCAUUUUUACUUGUGAAUGGAACUUACAGAAAGACUGUCCGUUCAUAUCUCGAUUCCAAAAUUCUGCAGUAUCAACUGCAGAGGCUACACGAUCAUACUUCACUUAAAGGAAUGCAUGCUCAUAGCAGAUCCACACUGGAAGUUCCAAUCUUUUGGUUCAUCCAUGGAGAUACGUUGCUGAUCGACAGGCAUUAUCAGGCGAAGGCUCUUUCUGAUAUGGUUGUAGUGGUUCAGUCGGAGACAUCAUCCUGGGAGAGCUAUCUGCAGUGCAAUGGGCAAUCACUUCUGUGGGAUUUAAGGAGCCCUGUGAAAGCAGCACUGGCAGCGGCUGCUGAGCAUUUGGCUGGUUUGCUUCCUCUUCAUCUCACUUACAGUCAGGCCCAUGAAACUGCAAUUGAGGAAUGGUUAUGGUCUGUGGGGUGUAAUCCCUUUUCAAUCACUUCCCAAGGAUGGCAUAUUUCACAAUUUCAUUCCGAUACAAUUGCACGGAGCUAUAUUGUAACCGCACUUGAAGAGUCAAUACAGCGGGUCAACUCGGCAGUCCAUCUCUUAGUUUUUGAGCGUACCACUGAAAAAUCGUACAAAACAUUCCUGUCCCAAGAGCGAGAGCUGGUGAAUAAAUACAAUUACGUGGUCAGCCUGUGGAAAAGGAUUUCAACUGUUUCUGGGGAUUUACGCCACGUGGAUGCAUUGAGACUGCUUAAUAUCCUCGAGGAUGCAUCUCAAAAGUUUGUUGAUCAAGUCAAUACUACAAUUGCACUGCUCCAUCCAAUCCACUGCAUGAGAGAAAGGAAAGUAGAUGUCGUGUUUGAUAUGACUACAGUCCCUGCCUUUGUGUUCGUCGGUGGAGUUCUCUACUUCUUAUUGAGGCCAAGGAGACCGAAGCCCAAGAUCAACUGAUAAACCGAGGGGGAGAGGUUUUUCUGAUACAGUCGCUCAUGGGUCCACAUCUCUUAACCCAAUAUUGUCGAGGAGUAAUAGUCGCUGAUGAAACCCUUGAGGUAGCAAGAGGCAUACUGGCAGCUUUGGUGCCGAGAUGAGAUUUUGAAGGAGUGGAAGAAUUGAGUGGUCUAUAGGUUUUCUCGAGUCUCGAUAGUUUAUUGUGCGCUAACGUAGGGCAGAAAUUUUGGGCCAACACAAAUGUUAUGAGCGGCUCAGGUCUGCUAGUUUUAUGGCAAAUCAUCUCUGGGAUAAUUCGUGCUUUUGAUGGUGUUGCAUCGGAAAAUCAGAUUGAUUCGGUGGUUAUGGCCAACAGUGUCAUUACUUAUAGACAGGGAUCGAGCUACAUUCACUAAAUAUGUUUCUUCCGGUCGAUGGUAACAAAGGCCUGGACCUGCAUUUUUAAUACAUGAAAUGUCACAAAUUGUGGAGGUCUAUGCAUGUUUCCUGAUUCCAGUCAA